AUAGAGAAAAACAUCGACCUUUUUUGAUUUGUUUACUUUUAUGCUUCCUGCGUGAAUUAUGAAGUUUCAUGAAAUUGGCUGCUUUCCGCGACUAAGACAAAUCUGCGAGUAAUUUUAUUGUCUCAUUUACUAUUUCCAGUAGUAAAAGGUUCGGAAAUCAUCUAAAAGAAAAUAAAUAGUUUCGCCCCUCCUUACUAGCACUGGAACACGGAGGACGAGACUUACGUAAACAAAUGGAAUGACAGUGUCGUCCUUUACAGUUCUUUGUAUUACUAAGAUUGAGAUUUUUGUAGAAUCCGCUUUCUUACGCAAAAUUAUAGGAUUUUGAAGCAUUUAGGUAUUGGUAGGAAAGAGAGAGACUCGAUUGGUUUACUUUUGUAAGAUUCGCCCUUCCUUGAAAACCAGCUGAUCUCAGGUAAGUGAAACAGUAAACUUGCAUCUUAUGAUGUCUUUGAUCUUACUGAAUUUGCACAUGAAAUCUUAAAACAAAUAACUUUUUUAGAUUGAAAUGAAAAAGCAAAUUAAAUUAAAAUGCUAUUAACAUAUAAAUCUAUCGGAUCUAUUUUUGAUUAGUGUAUAUAGGUAAAUAACAGAAAUAAACGUCAAACAUCCCGUUCAAAGUUUACUUGCUACCGGCGAAUUAAAACAAAAUUGUGGUGUCGUGAUGAUAAAAUCAGUAUUCCAAAUACACAGGAAGUGUGUUCGAAGAUGGUGCCACAAUACGGCACGCCGUCCCUAUAUUCUUGGUAUAGAAUCUAGUUGCGAUGAUUGCGGUGCUGCGAUUGUUAGUAGUGACGGCAAAAUCCUGGGCGAAUGUGUGAUGUCGCAACAAAAUUGCCAUUUAAGAUUUGGUGGAAUUAUUCCUCCUGUUGCGCAAGAUUCUCACCGAAAUCACAUCGAAAAUGUUGUCAAACAAACAUUCACUCAAGCUGAACGAACAUGCGAGGGAAUUGAUGCAAUUGCUGUUACAAAUAGACCAGGCUUACCCUUGAGUUUGUUAGUUGGAGUUCGCUAUGCUAAGUAUCUAGCAAGAAAGUUUGACAAACCCAUUAUUCCUGUUCAUCACAUGGAAGCACACGCAUUGAUGGCAAGAAUGACCAACUCCGUUCCGUUUCCAUACCUUUGCAUACUACUAAGUGGCGGGCAUGCUAUUAUCACAUUAGUCAAGAGUACAAAUGACUUUUACAUCUUAGGAGAAACAGUCGAUGAUGCCCCAGGAGAGAUGUUCGAUAAAAUAGCAAGGCGCUUGAAACUUCGUAAUAUACCCCAAUAUGCCUGGUUGUCCGGAGGUCAAGCGAUCGAGCAAGCAUCAUCCAAAUGUCACAACCCUGCAAGUUAUGACUUUCCAGCACCGCUUUCGCAAUACAGGGAUUGUCAGUUCAGUUUUGCAGGAUUGAAAAACUCUGCAACACGACAAAUUAUAUUGCAAGAAAGGGUCCUAGAUUUACCACCGGAUGUUGUCAUUCCAGAUUACGAAGAUUUUUGUGCUGGUUUAAUGAAUGCUACAGUCCGACAUAUUGCUCAUCGAACCAAGCGAGCUAUACGGUUUUGUGAAGGCGAAGCCUUUUGGCCUACCGGUACCAAACGGUGUCUUGUGAUUUCUGGAGGUGUUGCGAGCAAUAAUGUUAUCUUCAACGCGAUAUCCAACUUGGCUGCAGCAUAUAAUUUCGAAACAAUUCGACCCAAGCCAGCGCAUUGUACAGAUAAUGGAAUAAUGAUAGCAUGGAAUGGAAUAGAAAAAUACAUUACUGGUCAAAAUAUUACAAAAGUCUAUAAUGACAUUGAUAUUUUUGGUAGAGCUAAUUUUGGCACAAAUCUUAUUCAGAAAGUCAAAGAUGCUAACAUAGCCUCCCAGUGAAACCAAACAAAUUGUUAGGUAAUUUAUAGAACGUAACAUAGUUAAAGGUUAAAGUCUAUUUGUUUUUAUCAAAUAAAAGUUUAUUUUUUUUUUCAAAAUAAUACCCACAAGUUUUUUUCAGAAUUGCCCUAUUUGCUUAAAUCCAACCAAACCAUUAUUAGUGAAGUUCAUUUUAAUUAGAAACAUCAUAUUGCCUUUUCACACACAGCAGAUGAAUACUUGUAUACUCUCCGACCCAAUCAGUGCUUUAGCAGUUUAUUUUGAACUAUCAACAUUACCAUACGGUUUAAACACAACCGGCUAAGACCGGAUGGAUACUAUUCAUCCAUCAAUCGAUCGAUUUUUCCGUUAUAUGGUAUGGCGUACGUUUGUGAUUUCAGUCUUUAACUCUAAAAUCUCAAAAUAUUACGCCAAGUAUAGAAAGCCGAGAACUCAUGCAACUGGCAUAUCUCGUUCAACAACUGGCGAAAGAUGAUGAUCUUGUCGGAAUUUUCAAAUUAAAAAAACAGACGAAUUAGAAGAAUUUAUCAAAUUGAGAAGAAAUGAAGAGCUCAUGUCUAUGUUUAAGCGAGAUAAUGCGUUGAAUAUCUCAAAGAACAAGUUGUGGUUAUAAAUAGAGAAAAAAUCUGUUUUAAUCCACCUAGUGGUGUGAUGACGCCUUUCUCAUGUGACUUGUAUUCUCAGAAAUAUUACUAUGAUACACUGAGGUCUUUUUUUACGCGGGGAUACGCACCGCGUAAAACAAAUCAUAAAAACCAUAACUUCGGAAAUAUGCGUAAAAACCGCAAAACUAAUUAAUUUUUUGAUUCCAAAUAUCUUAGAAAUGCAUGAAACGUCCAGAUCUGGGGUAAUCUAAAAAAACUGCUCAUUGAAUAUAAAUAGGGAAGUUUGUUCUCAACUAGCAUAGUCUUAAAAUAGAAAUAGUUUUGAGCCAACAUUAGAACAUUUUUCAAUACUUUGCAGCAUCGGACUAAAUGACGGUUUGAAAUUUUAAACAUAUUUCUCGCUGUAUUCGGAACGGAUUACUUUUUUUGCUUUUGUUGGUGAAAAUCGGUAGAACCAUCGCGGAAAUAAGUGAGUGUGUGCUCCGUCAGUGCAGAGCAGUUCAAAUUGGCCUGCUUAGUGCAAAAACUUAGACAGCUCAAUUUGAACCGUGUCCUGUUUUUGAGCUUAUGGCUACAAUUUCCGGUACUUCCGGAACCGGUACAUCCGACCCAAACAACCAGAAGUUCCACAAUUCCUUAAAAAAUCCACUCUCUUGCUGUUUAACAGUACAUGUGGAAUUUUUGAGAACUUGAAAGUACAGAUCAAGUUCCGCGUGAACUUUUUCGCUGCAUAGAAGCUGAACAAUGUAUUUUAUAAGCAGUUUAGAAGUUCGUUCGGUUGCGUCGCGCGAACUUUCAAGUGUGGAUAAUUACUUAAAAAAUGGGCUGCUUAGAAUGCUAUUGAUGAACUUUGAGAGCUGUUUAAGCCAAAUCAGUCCCUUUUAGCCGAACUUUUGGUUAGUUGGGGAAUUCGGUUCAUAUGGUCAGUAACUAAUAUGAUCUACAAAUUGGAGGUUUUGGGCACAAGUUAGAUGAAUGUUUCCUUUUUUGCAUCGUCGCACUGUUCGACGGCUUGAAAAUUCCAUUACCGGAAUCCAGAUCCAGAUUAAAUUCAGAAAUUCUGAAAAUGACCGUAAUGCCUUUCAUUUGAUUCUAAGUUUGAAAAAAAAUCAGUUGAGGCCGUUGGAGAAAAGUGCGCUAGUUCCAUUUUGGAGUUUUUUACCACUAUUUCCGGUACUUCCGAAACGGAUUCCAGUGACCGGUAUAACAGAAGUUGAUUUAUAUGGUCAGAAACUUACAUGACCUACGAACCUACAUCGUCACCCUGGGACGCAUAGCCAUACGCUACAACUCCAGGCACUCAAGCAACAGUUUCGGACAAAUCUUCCAUUCCGGUGUUAUAACUAAUUGUAUGAGAAAAUAUCAACACAAUGAAACGCAUUGUGUGAGAAACCGUCGUGGGCCGAAUGUGACAACUUCUAGUAACUUUACUAUUGCCGGUUCGGACAGUAAAUGGCAAACGACCUUUGCUUUUACUUUCUGACAUAUCAGAGACUCGGAUGACUCGUAUCGCUAAGAUGCCUAAGUUCGACUCCUCCGGUAGAAGGUAAAAGCACAGACUAACAGACAGGACACUCAAAUUAGAUUCUUCAAUCAUUUUAACGGUCAUUUCGAAUAUUCCUUUAUUUGGGACAGUGCGCACAUGUGUCAUGAUGGCGCCACGUUACCCUAUCAAAAACAUCCUGUCUGUCAUCUAGACUGUGUUUUUUUUUCAUUUACCAACAGAGUGGCCAUUCAUACAGAAUUACCUGUAAUGUAUUGAUUUGUAUACGUCCAUGCGAAUUUCAUGCAGGAUACAGAUUUAAUACAUAUUGCCAAAACUAUUUACAUAAUUGUGCCUACUUCUCAUCCUCCAACGCAAGACAAAAUCGAACCCGUUUUGGUACAUUAUUUACUUGCUUCUGGUCUGCCGCCACUUAAUUUCGGGUGAAAACUACCAACACAAUAAAAAAUAGUCUAGAUGAACAACGUUGAGUCAAAUAAAUGGUUACCUUCCAACAUCGCGAAAAAGUUAAAUAUAUUAUCAACGUAAUCCAAUAAUUUAUUGUGACGAUUCAUUUUCAAAUAUUUUGAUGAAAUUAGGCAUCCCUGCAAGCAGCUGAUCGGUGUUGACAAACGAGGGGAAACCAACUAGUAAAAAAACUUUUACAUAACACAAGGGGUGUACAGAUAGUAAAUAGUUCGCGCAGUACAAUAUAGGUGGAGCUAGUGCAUCACGAAAAAUUAUUUUUUAUAAAAAUUUACUCAUACUGUCAUGUCUGUUAGUCUGUGGUAAAAGUUUAGAUACGAGAAGCCUUCUGUUUACUCAAAUGACCCUUGUCACGUCUCACUUUUCCGCACUUUAUUCUUCACAUCCUUGCUCUUCCUUGAGUGCUAUGGCUCUAUGAUUUCAUAUUCUUUCUCCUCUUAUAAUCUAGUUAGUUUGAUAUCGUUAAAAAACCGAAAAAAAACUACAUCGUCAAUUUCAAACACUCAUAACCCUUCAAUUCCGGAAUUCACUUCCAAGUGAUCUUCAGCAAUUUCAUAAAUGACCGUGAGUAGGGAUGUCGAGAUUUUCGAAUUACUCGAUUAUUAAAUAAUCGAGUAUAAUUUUAAAACUAAUCGAUUGAAAUUUAUUCGAUUAUCUGGUUUAUUAAUCGAUUACUCGAUUAUUUAUUCGAUUAUUACUGUGAGAUUUUUUUUAAAUAUUCGAUUAGUUCAAUAAUCGAAUACUAGCAAAGCCUUGGUAUUACAUUCCUGUAGUGGAAUUUGACCUUCUGUUUCAACAGCCGAUUCAGAGUGUACAGAACCAGUGCAUGGCUAGUGCUACGAUUCUACUGACACUACGAAUCCUUCCAGGUUGGAGCACGAACAUACGACAACUGGUUUGUAAAACCAGCGCUCUAUGCAUUGAACCGCCAACCCGAAUACUAGCUUAAAGCUAAUCGAUUAAAUAUUACUCGAUUAUCUGGAUUAUUAAUCGAUUACUCGAUUAAUCGAUCGAUAUUACGACAUUCCUAACCGUGAGCCCUUUCAUUUCAUUCAAGGUUAAAAAAAUCGAAUGAGCGUCGCGAUGAAAUGUGAGGUCUGGAACUCCAUUUUGGUGUUUUCGAUCACUAUUUUCAGUACUUCCGAAUCCGAAUUCCGGGAAUAUGUAUAUCUGAUGUGAGUUUGUGUGGUCUUCAACUUACAAGACCUGUAAACUAAAGGAAUUAAAUUACUAUUUUUGAAAAACGAGAUCAUCAUUACAUCCGGGCCUCGGUUCAAAAGUCGGUUUUCACAGAGAUUGCAUAACAUUUGAAUGUGAGAAAGACAAAAGGAAAGGUUCUAAAAAUCGAGGAUAGCUCGAAUACAUCGCAAUGAAAAAAAAUAUUUUUAACUUGUAGGAUACAGAAGUAAAAAUAAUCAAAUUAGGG